AUGCCUAUUCUAAAUUAUUUACCCGUGGACGUCACCGGAGCCACUAAAAUUCUCCAAGCGGGGCUGGAGGGCGGAAAGCUCGCCGUUGCUUAUGGAAAGUCCGCCCUCGAGAAGCCCGUUAAUGUGACCGUUCAGGUAGCAGGAUGGAGCACUCAGAAUCCUGUUCUAGCCGCGCAUGUGUGGUCGUGGGCGCUAGUGGUGCUGUGGUUUUCGCUGCUCCCGGCCUCGCAACGGCCCCAGUUUUAUCGAGUAUGGGAUUCACAACAGGCGGAAUCCACGCAGGUAUAUACAAAUUCGCAGGAAUCAACAGCUUAA